AUGCCUCGAGUAAACACAUUGAGCAAAACUUCAUUAUCGAACCUUCCAUCGGAUAUUCCAAAGAUCAAAAUGCCGUUUCCACCAAAGAUAACGGCAGAAGAAUUCAUCCGUGACCGACCACUUUCCAGAUUACAUUUCAAACCACCGAAUUCAUUCUUCAUUUACAGAACAUUGUUUGUAAAGCAAUUAAAAUCGGAAAAUUAUAAUGAUAGAAUGAUAAGGGUCAGUAAAUGGGCAAGUUGGUUUUGGUCCAAUGAACCGAGCGUUGUUAAGGAAUAUUACAAAAAUAUCGAGAAAGACAUACAAAAUUUAUUAAAAGAAAAAUGUCGAAAUAACAAUAAUCAAUCCGUCUACCCUAGAUUUAUUUUUGAAUAUCCUAAUAAAAGUAAAAAGGAAUCUGACGACACUUUGCGUAAUAAUGCUUCUUCGGAUAUCGAAAAUUCACGUUAUUUCAGCUUCAAUGUGGAGAAUGUUCCUAAGGAAGUUAAUUAUGGUCCAAUCAUCUCGGAAUUUUCGAAACCCGGUAAUGAAAAUGGUCCGGUUACACCAACUCAUCCCGGUGAAAACUUAAUUUCCUUUAAUUUAGAAGAACAGAAAAAUUUUUAUCCACCGUUCAUCAACUCAUUGCCAUUUUAUUUGCCAAACCCUUUGUAUAACAAUAAUACGUCUUUAUCAUCCGUUGAGUACAAUUACCCGGAAUCUUAUUUUAAGACGUUUGAUUUCAAUUACCCUUUGUUCUUUCCCAAUAUUACCGAUCAAUUAACCACACCAGUAAACGCCAUAAUAAUAAACGAUUGUGAGAAUGUUACAAAGGUUGCAACGGGAAUAGAAAUAAAUGUAAAAGCAAAUGAAUGGAUUCCAAAUGGACCUAAAAUAUCUGUAGAAGUUGUGGCUAAAGAAAAUUUCAUAAACUAUAUUAGUAUCUGGGCUGAACUUAUUAAUGAUGGAACGCGUCUUGGUUCUUGGUCUCCAAUUUCUGGAUAUUCUUACGUUUAUGGUUGUAAUGGAGACGCUAAAGCAACUAUCAAAAAUCAGUCACAGUUGGAUCAUAACCAGAUAACUUUUGAAUGGAAUCCGCCUAGCUCUGGCAGCAAAGGAACAGUUACAUCACCUUCUUCCGCAUCCAUAACAGCUUCUCCUACUUCCACACCUGCGAUAAUUCCUACAACAACAAACGAUGAUAAUGAAUUAGUAAUUACGAUUGGAUCAACCCCUUUAUCGUUAACAAUGCUACCGGCUUUUCUAGCCAAUGAUAAACGUUCUAUUCCUUCAGAUGGUUCCAUUUUAUUCAAAGUCCUUUUACAACUUAAUGAUAAUUCCGAUGAUGAAAUAUAUUCAUUCACGUCUAACGUUAUUCAAAUGUCUCAUAAUAAUGCUUCUAAUAGUACUGAUAAAGGUGAUGGGAAAACCCCAGUUAUCACUGCUUCUGUCGUGGAUGAUAAUUAUCCAAAUAAUCCACCUUUCUCUGCUGCGAAUAGUAAUUUCCUUGCUGAAUGUUUUAGUUCAAGUGUAUUGAUUAUUGUAUUAAUUUUAUCAACAUUAUUUUGUUUAAUAAUUUAA